AUGGAGGCGUGCUGGUUUCAUCCACCACUGCAGCACAAACCGUCUCCUCCCCGAGCCCGGGUGGCACUUCCGGCAGAGGAUGUUCCUCUGGGCACCAAUGAGGAUGUGGGGGAUUCCUCUGAAAUGCACGCGCUAGCCCUGGAUAGGAAGUGUAUGACUUUCCUGAAGCCAAGGACCAGUGGGAACAGUUCCUCCUACCUCCAGUCUGCAGUAGAGGAAGCACACAGCGAGAGUGGGCCCCUUCCACUUGCCCAGUGGUUUGAGACGGUCCACUCCAACGACAUCCUCAGCCACCUGGAAGAGAUGAAGGGGGUGAUCACCUCUACCUAUGGUAGAAUUCUGAAGAUGGACUCUACAAAGAAGAUCACCAAGAAGCUGGCUGGCAGUAUAGGGGACACCGCUGCAUGGAUGUCCAACAUCGGCAACGAGCUUGGCCAGGUUCUGAACAGUGUUCUGACGACAGGUGAAGGUGCAGGGCUGGAAGAGUUGUGCCAGGGCAUCGUCACACGUUAUGAGAAUGCUGGACAAGCUGAGCCUGAGGCUAUCUAUGUUGACCGGGACUGCUGCAGCCAGUCAGGUGUGUCGUCAGUGCUGAGACUCUUUCGACCAUGGAAGUUUGUCGUCCGUUUAGACGUCUUCCACUUCAUGCGAAGGUUUAACUGCGGCCUCACUACUGAGCACCACCCUCUCUACGGUACCUUUUGCUCCAAACUUUCCGCCUGUAUCUUUGAGUGGGAUCAGGAGGAUGUGCAACGGCUUAAGGAGGCCAAGAAAGGGGAGUGGAAGAGCAGCCAUGGCGGAAAUGCUCCCACUGAGGCACUGCUCUUGGCCAGUAUCAGCACUGGUGAAAUGGCAAAGCACUGCAGGCGGAGGACCCGUGCAGUGGAGGAAAUCCGGGUCAUGAUUUCGGGGCUGCUCGAAUCGAUGUGGGAGCUGACUGACACCACGGGGCUGCGUCUAGUGAACCCUGACAGCAUGCACCAUGUGUGGGAGGUGCAGCAGAAGCACCUGGAGUGCAUCCAGGACCCUGCAGGGGUGGAGUUGUACACAAAGACAGGGACACUGCAGAAGGGUGGCAAAGUCCUUGACGUCCUCAGGUGUGGGAGGGGGUCCUCCUCCCUCGAGAGUUUUCACCGCCACCAGUGUGCUUUUGUUCCAGGCUUUCGAUGCAAUGCAUUGCACACACAAAUGUACAUGCUGGAGGGGGUAUCGAGGUGGAACAUGAACCGGGCAAAGGAAGCUGUAGCUGUGGUGGGGGCAUCAACCCUGAGGACAUUUGAUGUUCGCUUGAUGUCUCACCUAAACAGCAUGAGCCAGCGGGUCCUUGGUUGUUCUCUGGUUCCAGAAUUCACCCCACCUGGAAAACCUACUGGCGAGCGCAUUGCUGUGGAGUACCUGUUGGCCCAGUCCAAUAGAGGCGACCUGCUGGUUCCACAGCAGCUGCCAGAGAUCCCCACAGAGGAGCUCGAGGACGACGGGGGUGAACCUGACGUCACGGUGUGCCAGGUAGCUGACCUUAGGGUAGGUGAUCCUGAUCCUCCAAUAUGUGCCGUGGAGGCCCAGGUGACACUGGAGGGUGACAGUGGACCCAGAUCCCUGGAUGAGGACAUCAUUGUGGAGGAAGACGACACACAAGACAGCACAUCAGACCAGAAUAGCCGAUGUGAUUCCAGAGGUGUCUUGGGCUGGGAUGCGGUUGAUGACCUGGCAGCCUACCUGGUUGGCCUGAACCGAACCAUCACUGCCUUGUCAUCAAAAGAGGAGGCUGACAUAGUCCAUCUUUACAUGGCUCUCCCUGCUAUGGACAAGGAACCUUUGAGGUUCGGCCAGAAAGCGAGGAAGAAGACCGUGGCAGGACCUUGGAGAGCGCCCAGGAAGCCGAGUGGCUCUGCUCCUGGACAGCAGGCGGCAGAGAGACUGUUCAUGACUCACGGGCAGGCAGCCCAGGACCCCGAAGUCCACAGGGUCAGCGAAUGUGUUUGCCUGAGACUUUUAAAAGAGUUUCAGCAAGCACCAAACAGGCCCAAGGACACAAGGAGUAGAACUCUGCCCAUCCCACAGUCCAUUGUGGUGGCCUACAGCCAUCUUAAACAGCUGCUGGAGGACAGCAGGGUUGUUCUGGAGAAGACCAACGUGGUUCUGAUACCAGUAAACAACACAACAAUCUCUUCUUGGCUGCUUAGGAGGGAUAAGAGGAAGGACAGGGACAUGCUGCUGCAGGGCACCAUACUCCCCAAACGGUUUGAACUGGCCAAGGACUCACUCCCUGAAGCCCAGACUCUUCCGGCUGCUCCUGUGCAGCAUGGGCAUGAGGCUAUGGUGUUUGAGGAGCCAGAGAACCGGGAGGGUGAGGCAGUGAUACGCCCUCGGCAUAGUGUUCGUUCUGCCUUGGCACAGCACUACCAGCCUGGGUCAUACGUAUGGCCUGGUUCUGCUGGCUCAGCCUCGUAUGAGCAUGGUAACCUGCCACCACCCCCCAUCUCCUGCCUGGGCCUCGUACCAGCAGGGUCACCUGCCACCACCACCACCCCCAUCUCCUGCCUGGGCCUCGUACCAGCAGGGUCACCUGCCACCACCACCAUCUCCUGCCUGGGACUCGUACCAGCAGGAUUACAUGCCACCACCACCAUCUCCUGCCUGGCCCUCGUACCAGCAGGAUUACCUGCCACCACCACCAUCUCCUGCCUGGCCUUCGUACCAGCAGGAUUACCUGCCACCACCACCAUCUCCUGCCUGGCCUUCCCACCUCCCCCCUUCCAGCCACCUCCCCCCUUCCAGCCACCUGCUGACCAUCCACUGUACCUGGCCCCUCCACCACCUGGCACCUCUGUUCAGCCAAGGCAACGUACGUGGAGACAGAAAAAAGCUGCCCAGGAGAACGAGGAGCUGAUGGCUAGGGGUGAACCUCCACGCAAGAAGUUCAGGGAUACCUACCAGUACAUUUGCAAGCAGUGUGGGCAGGGGAAAAACAAAAGUACGGGUCACACCCAGCUGAAGGGGCGGUGGUACUGUCCAGCCUCAGGACUCACCCUGGCAGAGUGGAAGGACCAGUUGACCAGUCUUGCCAGUGGGAAAUAA